AUGUCUUUCUUCGUCGAAUUCUGUAUUUUCACCAUCGGCUUCACUAGCCUUGUUGGUGGAUUACUCGCUCUUCACAACCCACGAAACCAAUACAAGCUCAGAGGCAUUCCAGACAUGAGGUCCUCCGAGGAUCCCGCCAGCUUCGCACUGAUAUACAUGCUGGCAGCUAGGGAUAUAUCUUUCGGCAUUUUUAUCCUCGCACAUCAGUUCCAGUACAACCAUAUUGCUAUCGCUACCGUCAUGGCUGUCAUGAGCUUCAUGAAAUUUGGCGAUCUUCUAACUGUUCUUGCGGUUGGAGAAACAAAGAGACCGCUUCCAGUUACUCUCCAUCUCGGUACAGGAAUUGGCUAUCUGGGCUGGGUGGUAUACCUUUGCAAAAACUAA